CUCCAAAACUUAGGACAACGAGCCUCUUUGCUUCGGUCUCAGUACCUCAGCUUCGGAACAUAGCAAAAACUCCCCUCUAGUGAAUUGUGAUUAUCCUCCAGUGCUGUUCGAUGACCCAAAUCCCCCGAUCACAAACCCUAAUUUUUGCUAUAUGUUCCUCUCUGAAGAGAAUUGAACAUCUCCGAUAGAAUUAUGGGUAAAAAAGUAAUAUAAGUUUUUGUUUUUAUGUUUUAAUUUGGUGAUCGUCGACGCAAGAAGACCGAUAUUAUUAAUGCAAGGUUUGAUCCAUUGAAAUUGCAGGCGCAGUUCGUUUGGUUUUUGAGCUGAAUCCAUGGCACAAAGUAAUUGGGAAGCUGAUAAGAUGCUUGAUGUAUACAUUUAUGAUUACUUAGUGAAGAAAAAAUUGCACAACACUGCAAAGUCCUUCAUGAACGAAGGGAAAGUCUCCCCAGAUCCAGUUGCAAUUGAUGCUCCAGGGGGUUUCCUUUUUGAAUGGUGGUCUGUCUUUUGGGACAUUUUUAUUACGAGGACAAAUGAUAAACAUUCAGAGUCUGCAGCUGCUUACAUUGAGGCACAACAAAUCAAAGCUAAAGAGCAGCAACUGCAAAUGCAACAGCUGCAAUUAAUGCGUCAAGCUCAGUUUCAGCGAAGGGAUCCUAAUCAUCCAAACCUGGGUGGUCCCUUAAAUGCUGUUAAUUAUGAUGGAAUGCUGAGCCAGUCAAAUGCCAGUGCAUUGGCUGCAAAGAUGUAUGAGGACCGCAUGAAACACUCUAAUUCAGUGGAUUUUGAUACAUCUCAACCGCUACUAGAUGCUAGGAUGGCCCUUCUAAAAUCUGCAGGAAGCCAUCCUGGUAAGUUGGUCCAAGGAAAUCCUGUAAGUGUGACUGCAGCAUUGCAACAAAUGCAAUCUACUCAACAGACCACUGACAUUAAAGGUGAAGUGAACUUGGGUACCACAAAUAGAUCUUUGCCUAUGGAUCCUUCCUCAAUUUAUGGGCAGGGAAUCAUGCAAUCAAAACCUGGGAUUGGAAGUACAGGAUUGAGCCCCGGAUCUGGCGGACUUCCAUUGAAAGGGUGGCCUUUAACUGGCAUUGAACAAAUUAGGCCAACUUUGGGAGCGCAAGUUCAAAGGCCAUUUCUACAAUUACAAGGCACCAGCCAGUUUCAGCUUUUGCCACAGCAACAGCAGCAGCAGCUUUUAGCACAGGCCCAGGGACAAAAUAAUCUAGGUAGUUCACCAGUCUAUGGAGAUAUGAAUGCCGGAAGGUUUAGGGGAUUGCCUAGGGGUACUUUGAAUGCAAAAGACAGCCAACCAAAUGUAAAUGACGGAUCUAUAGGUUCUCCAAUGCAAUCAACUUCAUCAAAGAUGAACGCGCCGCAUAUGCUACAAUCAUCCUCUCAACAACAAGACCCUUUACAACAGCAACAGUCGCAAAAGAAUAACCGAAAACGGAAGGGAGCUUCAUCAUCAGGACCAGCUACUAGUACUGGUACAGGAAACACAGUAGGUCCUUCUCAGAACUCUCAACCAUCUACUCCAUCGACUCAUACUCCUGGGGAUGGUGUUGCUAUCGCUGGCAAUUUGCAGCAUGGCAGUAACAUGUCAAAAGGUUCAAUGAUGUUUGCUGCUGAUGGAGCUGCUGCUCUUGCAUCAUCAACAAAUCUGGAAGACUUGGAACAUUUUGCAGAUGUUGGUUCCUUGGACGAUAAUGUGGAAUCUUUUCUCUCACAUGAUGAUGGUGAUGGAAGGGAUGUGUUUGGCAACCCAUCUGAAUAUAAUGCUGAAGCCUCAAAGGGUUUUAGCUUCAGCGAAGUUGGUUCUAUACGUAAAAGCAAUGGUAAAGUUGUCUGCUGUCAUUUCUCUACAGAUGGGAAGUUAUUGGCUAGUGCUGGGCAUGAAAAGAAGGUGGUUAUUUGGAACAUGGAAACUCUGCAAACUGAGUUCACUCAAGAAGAACAUACUCAUAUAAUCACUGAUGUUCGUUUCAGACCAAAUUCAACUCAACUUGCAACAUCGUCGUUUGAUGCAAGUGUACGACUCUGGGAUGCUGCAGAGCCAAGGUAUUCGUUGCAGACAUAUACAGGACAUACAUCACAUGUGAUGUCACUGGACUUCCAUCCCAACAAGAAUGAUCUUUUCUGCUCUUGUGAUGGUAACAAUGAGAUUCGCUUCUGGAGUAUCAGUCAGUAUUCUUGCACCCGCAUAUCAAAGGCACUUUCCUUGGUGAAUCAGGGAGCUACUGCACAAGUGAGAUUUCAACCCAGACUUGGACACCUACUGGCUGCCGCAGCAGAGAAUGUUGUGGGCAUCUUUGAUGUUGAGACUGAUAGACAGACGCUCACACUAAGGGGCCAUUCCUCACAGGUUAAUUCCAUUUGCUGGGACGCAAAUGGAGAUUAUUUGGCAUCUGUUAGUCAAGAAUGUGUCAAAGUUUGGUCAUUGACCUCAGGAGACUGUGUCCAUGAAGUUAAUGCCAGUGGAAACAAAUUCCAUUCAUGUGUUUUCCAUCCAAGCUAUUCCUCUCUUUUGGUAAUAGGGGGCUACCAGUCAUUGGAGGUGUGGAGCAUGGCUGACAACAAGUUCCUGACAGUUCCAGCGCAUGAAUGCGUGAUAGCAGCUCUGGCACAGUCACCAUUAACGGGCAUGGUUGCCUCUGCGAGUCACGACAAAUCUGUUAAGAUCUGGAAAUGAGUUUGCUGCCUUUUGUUGCUCCAAAUUCCGCAGUGUCUAGUCUUCCGACCCUCCCUCCAAGUUUUAGGCGUGGGUAAGUAAUGCUCAACCACCAUCAGAUUCAAUUCUUGACUCUUCUCAUUUUCAUUAGUUACUUUCUUUAUCAUGCAAUAAGGGGGAGCACAAUGUUCCAAAAUGGAAAAUUGACGGUUUGGUUAUGUCGCAUUUCUUGAGUUGCUGAAGUUGAUUAUGCAUAAUGCUCCAAAGAUAAUGAGGGUGUGUGUGUAUUAAGAGGCUCUGGUACUUGAUUGCCAUAUUUGAGUUGAGAAUUUCUUUGUUGGAAGAUUAUGUACAUAGACCAAUUUAGCUAUUGGAAGGCCUUACCAGAGAAAUUAUUGUAGUUUGAACUGAAUGAGCAUCUUUAAAGGUUUCUUGCAUGAACUGUUGUGAAAAUGCUGGUUGUUGUUUAUAAAACAGGAAGAUUUUAAGUAA